GUGGUCGUGCUGGGAAGGAGGAGACGAGCGCGUCGGUGAAAUUGAUCAGUUGGUGGUAGCUGGCGCCGAGGCCGGGCGCGCCUGCGCUCCGGAGCGAGAGUCUGUGACCCCCUCCCCGCCACCCCGGGUCUCUCCGCCUCGGCCAAGAUGGAUUUCAGGGAAAUUCUCAUGAUAGCUUCCAAGGGGCAAGGGGUCAACAACGUCCCGAAAAGGUACAGUUUGGCAGUGGGCCCUCCCAAAAAAGAUCCCAAAGUUAAGGGUGUUCAAUCAGCAGCUGUACAAGCUUUUCUCAGACGAAAAGAAGAGGAGCUCAGAAGAAAAGCCUUAGAGGAGAAAAAGAAGAAAGAAGAACUAGUGAAAAAACGAAUCGAGCUAAAACAUGACAAGAAGGCAAGAGCUAUGGCUAAGAGGACAAAAGAUAAUUUUCAUGGUUACAAUGGGGUUCCUGUUGAAGAAAAGUCAAAGAAGAGACAGGCAAUGGAAAACCAGGGAACAGAUCAAGAGUACGAAAUGGAAGAGGAUGAAUUCUACGAAUACAAUCAAGCAGAAUCAGAACAGGAAUAUGAAGAAGAAGACGAAGAAGAGCAAGAACCUCCCAAAGUUGAAAGCAAACCAAAGGUCCCCCUUAAAAGUGCCCCGCCAGUCAUGAACUUCACGGACCUCCUCAGGCUGGCUGAGAAAAAGCAGUAUGAACCAGUGGAGAUCAAGGUAGUGAAGAAAGUAGAAGAGCGGCCUAUGACAGCUGAAGAACUUAGGGAGCGAGAAUUCCUUGAACGAAAGCAUAAGAAAAAGAAACCUGAGACAGAUGCAAGACUACCUCCAACCAAAAAGGCCCCCUCUCAGAAAGAGGGUGUGGUCACAAAGCUUAACAGAGGUUCUGGGGAUAAGUAUCCUUCCAAGGGUACUCCUCAUGUUGAGAAGAAAUUUCGUUCUAGCACAGUCAAUGAGAAACGUGCUGGUUUUUCAUCAUCCAAAUCUACUUCAGGAGAGAGGACCAAAAUGGGUUCUGGGAGUUGUUCCCAGCCUGUACUUCGUGAAGGCCAUGACAAAACUGUUUUCAAUGGGGUGGGAAAGCCUCAUUCUAGCACCUAUUCACCAAGUGUCCCAAAGAUGUCUGCUAAAGGGACUCAGAAACCUGCUACUGAGCACAAAGCCAAAAGAUCUCCACCCCAACCUAGCCAUUCCCGGCCUGCAUCCAUGGACACACCACACAAUAAGACUAAGAGUCCUGGUCUUAGACAGCCAGGCUGCAACUCCAGUUUGGUUCCUGGGCAAUCCAGCUCAGGAGGAAAAGGUCGGCCCAUUGCUAAUUCUGGCUCUGUGCCCAGACGCCAGAAUGGCAGCUCUAGCUCAGGUACUGAGCGACCAGUCAUUGGGACCAAGAGGCCAACCAGUGACUUCAGUCCUUCUGGACGGACAAUUAGUGGUACUACAACUGGCCCUGGACGACCUGCAGGCAGCUCAAAUGGUCCUGGGCGGCCUAUCACUGGCUCAGGUGGCUCUGGGAAACCUGUGGGCAGUUCUAGAGGCCCUGGGCGGCCUUCUGGCAGUCCACAUGAGCUUCGACGACCAGUGAGUGGUGCAGCCCCCCCUGGGCGGUCAGUCAGUGGCUCAGUUCCAGCUGGACGGACUGUCAGCGUUUCAGGCCCUGGAAGACCAGUGAGCAGCUCAGGACCUGGGCGAAAACCUAGCAACUCAGGUCCUACUCUGAAACCCAAGUGCACUGUUGUUUCAGAAACCAUUUCUUCUAAGAAUAUAAUUAGCCGGUCCAUCAAUGGACAGAUGAAUGGAUUGAAGUCUUCACUAUCAGGCUAUAGAUCUGCCCAAGGUCCUCAAAGACUGCCCUUCCCCAGUGGUUACAAAAGACAUCGAGAUUAUGAUGAUGAAGAGGAUGAGGAAUAUGACUCUGAAAUGGAAGAUUUUAUUGAAGAUGAAGGAGAACCUCAAGAAGAUAUAUCCAAGCACAUUCGAGAAAUCUUUGGCUAUGACCGGAAAAAAUACAAAGACGAAAGUGAUUAUGCCUUACGUUAUAUGGAGAGUAGUUGGAAAGAACAACAGAAGGAAGAAGCAAAGAGUUUAAGACUGGGUAUGCAAGAGGACUUAGAGGAAAUGAGACGUGAAGAAGAAGAAAUGAAACGCCGGAAGGCCAAGAAGCUAAAGAAGCAUUAACUGCAGCUUUAUGAAAUUCUAAGGUUUAUUCUGUUGCAAAGAGUCUUGCCUUCAAACUGAAGAAGCCCCUUUAUCAUUUUAGGUUUAUUUCUUGGGUACUCACAAAGGAACACAGACUGUCAUUUGUAGGCUAUCAUUUUGGACAUAAGAGUAUUUCAAAUACUUUGCAAGGUGAAAUCUGUAAUGUAGAUGAUACAAUGCCCAGUGAAUGCUUUUCUGAAGUUCAGGUGUUCACAGGUGCCAGUCCUGACCCUAGCGAGCUGUGCACUCAGUGGGGGCCAGUCAUUAAUCAUUCAGUCUUCUGUUCCCUUGCUACUUAUUUUUAAAAGGGAGAGAAAAAAAUUUCCUGACUUUUAUAAUUCUGCUGAUAGUUUGAAAUUAAUUUUCUUACCAAACUGGUCCUUUCAUGAAUGUAGCCAGCAAUAAAGUGACCUUUCUUAAUGUGUGGACUGGGAAUGUGAAGAUGUAGUCACCUC